GAUCGGCAGGUGGGUGGAGGAAAGGGAGACGGGUGAUUGAGUUCGACGUUUUGGUAAGAAAUUUAGCUCACUGCAAGGAAUGUCGUCUUGGACCGUUACUACUAACAAGCGACAACGUUGUUGGGGAGCUGCAAAAGGGCUUGGGUGGCUAUCUGUAUGUUAUGUGUUCGAAUUGGGAGUGUAGAGCUGUCAAUUUGGUUUCCUAUGGAACAACUCACCACAACAAAACGAACGGGAAGCCCUGCUUUGAAAUAAACACAAAGCUUGGAUUUGCAAUGAUUGACAGCAUUGGUGGGGCUGUCAAAGUAAACAAUUUCCUUGCCACUCUUGAUCUUAAGCUGAUAAGCCUAGAAAAUCUUAAGGAAAUGGAGAGAAGGGCUGGUGAAGUGAUAGAAGCUCUCUCAGCAGAAUCACAGAGACGGUCAGCUGAAGAGGCUUACAAAAAAGAAAUGGAGGACAUCGCCAAAGAAGAGAUUCAGGAAUCUCGACAAAAAAUGGAAGAAGCUGAUGGAAUAGAAGACUUGGGUGUCUGGUUGCCUCCUGAUUCUUCACCUUUAUUAAGGUAAAUAUGAAUGCAGUCUUACA